CGUCUGCUAUAGCAUGAAGUACACACCGUAUGUGGUAGUACUGCCAGUACUGCGUCAAUUCGUAUUAUGUUCGAAGUACGAAUCGUACAUUUAAGAUAACGAAUUCUGGAUAGUGAUAAGAACAAACGUUUGAAAAUUAGAGACGAAAAUGACUUCUCAAAGCAUGUAUGCUUCACAAAGUAAAAGUUUAGAAAGUAAUACCCUUCUAAGUGUUGAAGAGAUAGAAGAAAAGAUACAACAGCUUAUUACUGAAAAUACUGGUUUACGAAAUACAUUACAGCAGAAUAACACCUAUAUGAGACAACUUUCUUCAACGUUGGUGGAAUGGCAGGAGGAAGUUAUAAGAGUUCAAAGUGUUUAUCAAAACAAAGUUGAAAGAGCUAAGGAAAUUAUAACCAAAUUGAAAGAGGAAAAUGCUGCAUUGAAAGAAAAAAUUGAUUUGGAAAGGGCAAAUGCUCAUUCCAGUUCAAAUAUUUCUGAGAUUGCAAGAUCAAACCAGAUUCAGGCAACUCAGGAGGGAUUUGAAUCCCUCGAUAGUUAUGUUCUUGUUGCUUCUUCGCCACCAGACGAUCUUACAUUGAAAGAUAAUCGGCAUGGUGAUGAAUUACCAAGCUAUGAUUCUCUUUUUCACCAGCGCGAAAAUGGUGAAGGAAUUGCAGAUACAUCCCUUUGCCAAGUACAACGAGAAGCAGAUUUCCUACGGGAGCAGUUAGCCAACGAAAUGGAAAGCAACAAGAACAAACAAAUUUUGUUAAAUCAAACAACAGCUCAGUUGGAUCAACUUAUGGUUGAAUUCCAAGAAUUAUCUAAAAAGUGGGGUCAACAAAGUCAAGCUGUGCUAGAUCCUAGUGUUGAGGAACUGACUAAAACAAACCUGCAGUUAAGACAUAAUUACACUGAACUGGAAGAAAAAGUAAUUUCUGCCAACACUCGGUUGGCUGUAGCCGAGGAAAUGGUGCUUAGCAAACAGGUAGACAUCACAGAACUGCAAUCCGAAAUAGCUCGUUUGGAAAAGUGUCUGGAAACAAUGCCCAUCCUGAAAGCCCAGAUGGAACUUUUUCGCACUGAUUUCGAAGCUGAACGUGAGGCGCGUCAAAGUUUAGCUGGAGACAAAGAUGCCAUGGAACAGGAAAUUCGUCUAUUAAAACGACAACUUGAAGGUGCUGUAGAAAAUUCUUUUGUUUCAGUGUCGACCCGUCCUUCAGAAGACGACGUUGUCGUGACAAGUUAUGAGUGUCCGAAAUGUAACUUUGCAUUUCAGUCCAAUGAUGCACUUAAUAAUCAUUUGGAUGUUUGUUUAACUCAACAAAUGUUUCCGUAAUUCGCUUAUGCGCAGGAUAAUGUUGAUUUCAACCCUUCAACAAUCGAAUUUUUAGAAUUAAGAUUUGUAGAAAGACUGAAAACGUCGAGUUGCGUUAUUACAACUGCAAACAUUGGUUUUGUUUAUCCUUUAACGUUUCUAAAAUUUUGAAGUUAAUUAUCAAUCUAGUAUUAAUACACAUGAUUGAAAUUUCA